AUGGUCGUUGGUCGUGACAUUUUCAACACUGGUUCACAGGUUGACCCAUCUGAGAAGAUCACGGAGCCUGCGAAGAUCAUGGACCUGGCGGCAGGCCUGCACACCAACAAGCUCGUUUUUGAUAACGAACACAACAAUUAUUUUGACACCCUCCAGUUCGGUUACAUACUCGCCAUUCCCAUCUUCAAGUCCCUUGAAUUGUUGGGAGAUUGGAAGUACCAGGAACCCUACGAGAUGCUUGUCGUUUGCGACCGCCAUCAAGCUUACCAAAGGCUCGCGAUUAUUAAUAUCAAGGGACACAUAAAGGACGUCACGGAAUCUGACGUCGGCCACGCCACGGACCUCUUGCACAUGACCACGAGGAUGUUGGCCGAAUCAUUCAAUCACUGGUAA